AUGGUCGCCGCUAAGCAGCAUGUUCCCAUCGUGAAGAAGCGCACCAACCGCUUCAACCGUCACCAGUCUGACCGGUUCCACCGUGUUGGCGCCUCUUGGCGCAAGCCCAAGGGUAUUGAUAACUGCGUUCGCCGCCGUUUCAAGGGCCAGAUGGCCAUGCCCUCCAUCGGUUACGGUUCCAACAAGAAGACCCGUCACAUGAUGCCUUCCGGCCACAAGGCUUUCCUCGUCCACAACACCAAGGACGUCGAGCUCCUCCUGAUGCACAACCGCACCUUCGCUGCUGAGAUCGGCCACGCCGUCUCUUCCCGCAAGCGUGUCGACAUCAUCGCCAAGGCCAAGGCUCUCGGUGUCAAGGUCACCAACGCCAAGGGCCGUGUCACCACUGAGGCUUAA